AAAAAAACAAAAAACAUUCUUCACUAGAACAUUCGACUGUGAACUUGAUAACUGUGAAUCAUCACAGACAAACCAGGAUAAACCGGACACUUCAGUAACAGAAAAUGAACCAGACGAACUGUACAAGUGGAGGUGACUUUCAGUGUUGUUUUAAUGAAACAGCGAUCAAUUCCAUGAGAGUGAGUUCUCUGGUCUUCAACUACCUGACCUUGAUCGUCGGCGUUCCUGGAAAUGCAUUUGUUUUGUAUGUUGCUGGAUUGAAGAUGAAGAGGACUGUUAAUUCAGUAGGGUUUCUCAAUCUAGCGAUUGCUGACCUCUUGUGCUGCCUUUCCACUCUUUACUAUUUGGCACAAAGUUCUCAUUUUGAUGACUGUCCGUAUGGAUCCAUCAUAUGCAAGAUUCUCCACUUCAUUAUGCUCAUCAACAUGUUUGCCAGCGUUUUCACACUGAGCUUGAUUAGUCUGGAUCGGUUUACUCAGGUGAUCACACCGGUUUGGGCUCAAAAUCAUCGCAGCCUGUUCAUCGCACGACUGUCCUGCGCAGUGGCCUGGAUUCUGGCUUCAGUUCUUAGUCUGCCUUUUAUGAUGUUAAGAGAGACUUACACAGAAAAUAAAACAUUCUGCCUGCAUUUUCAACAUGAUGACAAUUUUAAAUUGUAUAGAAGGUUAAGCAUCGCCAGAUUUGUGUUUGGCUUUUUGGUUCCUCUCGUAUGCAUCACAACAUGCUACGGAUUCAUCGCACGCAAGUUAGGCAGGAGUCAUUUUCACUCUGGACGAGCGUUUCGCAUCAUGUUGGCUGUAAUGGUGGCCUUUUUUCUCUGCUGGUUGCCGUAUCACAUAGUGCGUUUGAUAAAAAUAUACAGAGAGAAAUCAAGUUGUUUGGCAGCCUUGGCAGUGGAUCCGUUGGCUGUCUCUUUGGCGUAUUUCAACAGCUGUCUGAACCCCGUUCUGUAUGUUUUUAUGGGGCAGGAUUUUAAGAGCAAUGUUAAACUUUCUCUAAGACGUGUUUUUGAAAGAGUUUUCUCUGAGGAGGGAUCACAAGCGUCACGAUCCACACAGACACAACACAUGCACUCAGUGUAGUGAAGACAUCAACUCAUUUAUUCAUUCUUUUUUCUAUGCCAGUUCUUUGCGUUUUCAGUCAAGACUCUUUCCACUUUUUGUGUGUGACUUGCAUGACCAAAUACUUUUUGGGUUCACUGUAGUUUGAUAACUAAUUUAUUCAGUGUCUUUUCUGAUUAGAUAUUCUCAGAAUAAUUGCCUGUUUAAAUACUCUUGUCAAGUAUCUUAACAAAAAUGGUUAUUUCUUUUAAAACUGAAACUUAAUAUGAAAAACAACAUGGCACAAACAAUUUAUUUUGACACCUCCACUCUUUUGCUUUUGUUUCCUUUAUUUCUUUUUUGGGGUCAGGAAGUUAUGAAACUCAUUUAGAGAGUUGUUUUUUUCUAAAAACAUUUUUCUUUUUUUCUUAUUGUUCUCAAACAUCUACAAUGAAACCGAGAUACAAUAAAGAAGUAACAGUGUUUUAUUUUACAAUGUUUUUGAUAUUCUUAAUUAGUCAUGGUUUUUUUGAGACAGAUGCUGUAAGUUUUGAGGAAGUUAAUGGUGUGUCUGCUGGUAGGAUGUGGUCUGCUGGCACUUAUCUUGAUGUCUGUGAAUAUUCUGUGUCUUAAAUGCAAAAUCUACAGUAUACUAAUAUACAGUAUUACAAGCAAUACUAAUGUCUUGUGUGUGUAACAUCAAUCCAGAUUGUAAUGCUAUUAUGUAUUAUGCUCUUUAUUGCUCUUUAUUCAAUAACUUAAUAGUUUUGUUAAACUAUAGAUUUCCUAUUCUAUAUUUUUAUGCCACAUAUGACAUGACUGUAGAGCAUAUAUUCUCUAAAAUAUGUACUGCCGCUCAAAAGUUUGGCAUGAGUAAGAUUUUUAAUG